CACUCUUUCACUCUUUACUCUCUCACUCCUUAACUUUCACUCUUUACUCUCUCACUCUCUCACUCUUCCCCUCAGUGUACAGAUUGAGUUAUUGGCACUUUUUAAUGUCCUGAACUGUUUUGAUGAACCCUGACCGGCUAUGAUCUGUUAUUAUUAUAUUAUUAUUUAAUAGAGCUGUGACCCUCUGAGAGUUCAAUGUGUCAUAGUGUUGCUUUUAAUGCCGUUGUGUUAUUAGACAUUUAAUGUGAAUCAUGUUAUUAUACAUUAUAUUUUUAAUGAUCUAACAAACAAUUCAAUUCAAUUCAGUUUAUUUUGUAUAUAAUAUCAGAGGGCUUUACAAUCUGUACACAUACGACCUCCCUAUAUGAAUCUGUUUUCUUUAUGUUUAAACCUUAAAUCGACUGUUAAAUUAUCCUAAACAUGUAAUAAAUAUAUAAAAGGUUAUGUUGCUGUUAUUUAAAAGCUUCCUGGACGUCAGAUUAAUGAAUGACGUUUAGAUAACUGGAGGAAGAGACCGAAAGCAAAGAGCUGCUUUCUUUACUUUUACAAACGGAAACCAGUUUGACUGAAGUUCCAUACGCAGAUAUUACAACUCGGGAGUUGAAAAGGCUUCAAGGUUUCUGCCUCAUAUUUCAUGAAGAGCUGCAACGAGUUCAUACACGUCUUUGAUGUCAUCGGGUGACAACAACAACAACAACAACAACAAAGCAUGUGGAUGCUCCUUUUGCACUGAUUAGAACAACAAGAUAAAUAUGACUUAAUCAUAAACGAUUGAUCAUAAACAAGGAAGAGCGUGACGAACAAAACAAUAGAAACAUUCAGCUCUAUAUUAAGAAAAACACAAUAUAUGCAAAGAUAGAACAGAAUAUUAAUAUUAAAACAAAGAAUCCACAGCAGGGAGCUGCUGUUGCAUCAUAUUCCUCCCAGCUGUUGACAUGAACAGGUGGAGAUGUUACCUGUAAACAAAGAAGGCUCCGCCUCUCCCUGCUGACUGACAGCCCUUAAAGCCUCUCCCUCUCAGGUGGGUGAUGGAGGAGGACGCCGUGUCUCUGCAGAGCGCCGGCGCCGCCCUGCCGGCCGUGCUCCAGACGCUCAGGAGGAGCAUCCGGCGGGCGGCGGAGAAGAGCCCGCUGGCGUCCGGGGGCAAGGGGUCAAAGGUCACGGCCGGCGACGCCCCGGACACGCGACCGUCGGCGUCACCCAAUCCAAACUUGGCCCGGUUCGGUGACUCGCUCUUGAAAAGGGGCGCGUCCAUACGGCGGAGCCUGAAAUUCAGCAACAAGAAAGAUAAAGCCUGCAGACAGGAGGCGCCGGACUCCGUCUCCGAAGGCCCAGCGGAGGAGAGGAAGGAGCAGAAAGCGGAGAAGGAGGAGGAGGAGGAGGAGGUGGAGGUGGAGGUGGAGACGGAGGAGGAGAUGGAGGAGGCUUACAUGCUGCCAGUGCUACCCCACACCCCCCUGUCAGUGAUGCAGAUCAAUAAGCUGAUCGAGAUGGAGGUGCUGGAGGAGGCGCACCUGAACCUGCUGGCCCUGCGGCUGGAGUUCCAGCAGGAGCGGGCGCGGUGUGGCAAGUACUCGCCCAUGGAGCUGUCCAAGAAGGAGAAAGACCUCAACCUCCUCUACGGAGAGCUGAGGAACAAGCUCAACGCCAUUGUGCGCGACUCCAACUCCCUUCCCUCCAGAAACAAGGCGCUGCUGGUUCCGGUGGCUCGCAUCAUCCAGGAGGAGGAGAGGAGAGCGGCGGAACCCGGUGGGCUCGCGGGCAGCUGGAUGGAGGCGUGGAGGGAGGCGGUCGGCGAGGGGGUGCGGCUGAAGGUGGCGAGCGUUCACCUGGAGCGGCGGGAGGACAGCGUCUCCUGGUUGGCGGUUCACCUGGGGCUGCUGGGAAAGGCCAUCGUGGAGGACCUGCAGAGCGUGAAGCGGGAGUUGCGCUGGUCGUACCCGCCCAGCUUCCAGGUCUUCAGCACCUACGUGAGGAGCUACCACCGCGCCGCCGGGCGCCACGUGAAGACGCUGGGGCUGAAGACCACAGAGCUGAAGGACCUGCACGCCCUGCUGGACUGGAUCGUCAACCGCUACAAGAGCGAGAGGAUCAUGGGAAGUCCGUGUCUGCAGCCUGACAUGAGGGGGGAGAGCGCCGCCCUGCAGCUGGAGGACGGCCUGCUCACGCAGCUCAGAGACAAGUUCUGCUGCACAGUGAAGGAGGACAUGAGGUCUUCUCUGGAGCGAGUCAUUGGACUCGAGCACGAGGACUUCUGGAGGGACAGCAGGUCUCCAGAAGAGGAGGACGACCUCCUCAACGCUGCUUUUCACAUGGACAUCUGGACGAUGGUGAACGGAACCGUGAAGUUCUCCGGACUCAUCGACGCCGAGCUGAAGCAGAGAGUCACCGGCUGCUGCCUGCUGGAGCUCAGGGAGUUUCCCAAGAGAUUCGAGGAGGAGUUCCAGUGUCACUGCAGCUCUCUCAGGCCGAAGCCUCUCUGGACCGAGUAUCAGAUAUCGUACAUCAACAGCUUCUCUGCUUUACAGCAGCACAUGGACGACUACCGGGACGCCUGUCCGGACCAGCUGGACGGGUUCAGGCAGGAGGCGGCGAGGCUGAUCGGCCGGUUCUCACGGGCGCUGGAGGACCAGUUCAAAGACGACGUCCAGCCUCUCCUGAGGAGGAUGAUGACGAGGAAGUGGCUCACCAACGAUGAAGACUUCGACCAUCUUCGCUGUCGGACAGAGCUGCUGACUCAGCACUGUGCUCUGAUGAGGCCUCCACACAAUCAGCACCUAGUGGGCCGUCUCCACUACCACGUGGUGAAGGAGUUCAUCGGCCAGCUGAUGAAGAACAACUAUUCAUGUAAGAACAGGAAACACGAGAAGGCGGCGAGGAAGAUGCGCCUUCAGUGGAGAGAACUGAGCGACCAGUUUCAGAACAUGAAGUCGACUCACGAGUGGCUCUACGCGGUGGGAGGCGACCUGAGCGACGUCCUGGGGCAGAAGAACCAGGAGGACAUCAAGAACCACCUGCAGCCGCUGGUGGAGCAUUACCCCGACUUCAGGAAGCACCUGGUGGCCGUCCUGUCCUUCAGAGGCCUGCUGAGAGGCCGCGAGCGCCAGCUGAUCCUGCAGAGCCACGCGCAGCUGAAGAAGAAAGUGGGCGUCGCCAGCGACCUGAGCCGGGUCCUCUUCGCAGACAUGCCGGUCACCGUCAACACGGACUUCCUCUCCAACCUGCCUUCCUCCUGCCUCCGCCGGCUGCUGCCCGGCCACUAGGGACCAGGCCAGGAAUCUGCUUCCAUCCAUUCAGACUCAAAGUCCUCACUCUCAAGCUCUCUGCACAGAACCAGGUUGUGUUCUUCAGGACCGGCGGUUCUCAAAGGUUCUCAUCUCUGGAGGGACGUCUGUUCUCCUGAGGUCAAAUGUAGAUAAGACUCUUGAACGUGCACAAAGGCCGUGCACUGUGACGCAAUAAGAUCAUUGAGAGGAACUGCAGGAUGGAUUCAUGGUCUUCAUGGUUCUUCAUGUCUUCAUGGUUCUUCAUGGGUCAUGUCUUCAUGGUUCUUCAUGGGUCAUGUC